ACUGUGCUGAUAUCACUGUAUAACUAUAAGGCAGCUCUGUGAAGCGCAGUAGUCUACAUACACAGUGAAAAAUAACAAGAUCCACAGGAGCACACAAUAGGAUAAAGUCUGAAUGUCGGAAUUGGGGGGGUUCCGGUGCCGGAACUGCAACAUGACGUUCCGUUCCAGAAGCCUGCUUGAUAAACACAAGGAGAACUUCUGCAUCAGCAGCAAGAUCGGGGACCCCUUCAUCCUGAACCAGAGGUUCACAGAGUCCUGGGACCAGGGGGGUGGAUACAGCAACUCCUGGAGAAGAGGGGGACCCAAGAGGACCCACACGCCUGAUUUCCUUAUGCUGAGAGAGCAGAAGAACCAUCUGCAGAGACACAGCCCCAGUGAGGAGCAGGCCAUUGAGAGAGAGCGGGGUGCAGGGAGGGGGUACGGGCCAGAGGGGACCGGCUUGUCAGACAGCCUGGCUCUGAGGAAGCUCACUGACGAGUUUCACAAGCUAAGAAUGUCAAUCCAGGAAAGCAUGCCUGCCUUCCCAGCCUGGGUUCCAGAGGAGGAGGUGAGUCCUCGUCUACACAGGGAGUGGGAGCACAGGGAGCGAGUCCGGGAGAUAGCGGAGACCCACGGGAGACACCUGGCAGAGAUCCAGGCACGGAACAGGGACCUGGAGCAAAAGAGAGAUGAGAUCCGGCAGAGGCUGUCGGAGCUGGCCACUCACGACACUGCGACGGGACACAUCGAGACCAUGCUGCUGGAGAUGAGAGCACAGGAGCAGAGGAACCAGCUGGCCCUGGAUGAGCUCCGUGAGCAGAUAGAGAACAUGCAGGCAGAGGCAGCGAGCAAAGCAGAGCCCGUCACCAGCAGCUUGGCCAACACUGCCCUCCCCGUGGAGAAGAAGGACCCGAGAGUCUCCUUCAACACAAUUCCCUUCACCAGCGGGAGCGGCACGCUGUCGUCCGAGAUCCGUGCCCUGCGGCUGGCUUACCUCCAGAGUGGAGGGAAGGAUCCUGUGAUCCUGGCCCAGAUGCACGACCUGCAGGUGGAGGCUCACACCCUGGAGAGACCCCCCCAGAAACCGGAGCCUCGGGACAAGAAGAGAAGACCAGAGGCCAGUCACCGGGCUCUGGACUCAGAGCUACUGACUGUGGAGAUGGAGAAUCAGCGUCUGGAGGACGAGAUCCUGAAACUGCAGCUGCACAGAGAGAAGCGCAAGGGGGAAGAGGAGCUCUUGGGCUCGGGCCUGCAGGAGAUGCAGAAGGAGCACAUGCAGCAGAUGGCUGUGCUGCAGGCAGAGAUCGAGAUCCUGAAGCAGAAAGCAGAGAGGACAAGAGCCCCCGGAGGAAGAAGAACACCACCACCCCUACUCCCACCUCCACCCGCUCAGGAGGUCCCGAGCCCGAUCCACCAGCCAGCCUACCGACCUGGCGCCAUGGGUCACACGAGGCCGCAGACUCCCUUGAUGGGGAAGCAUGUGCUGGAUCCUCCUGAUGCGCUGGGCCCUUCCCCAUACGACCCAGCCGCCGGGUUUGUGAUAUUUUACGACUUCCUGCUGGGUCUGGAGCCCUCGCUGCGCAUGGUGCGCUUGGUGGUCGGUUUAUACAACAACGGGCAAGAGAUGGGCCGGCCCACCCCACUGCCAGGGGUGCACUGCGAGGUCGGGGGGGCCCUGCAGUACGUCACGGAGGGGUACCCCGGGAACCUGGCUGUGCUGUCUGUCAAACAGCCCAUCCCCAGAGUGAGACCAUCGCCCUCUAUCUCCCUGGUGGUUGAACUGCAGGCUUCGGGCGGGUUCGAUGCCUAUGGGCAGGAGAUCCAGAGGCUUGCGACCCGGGGCUGGACUAAAAUAGACAUCUUCGACCAUCACAACCAGGUGAUCAGCGGCUUCUGGAAGAUCCCCAUCCGCGUUCUGCCAGUCCGGCCAUCACUGACCACCGGGCAACUGAAUGGAGUGCCACAGGCAGGGGGUGCUGAACUAUACCUGCGGGUGGUGAAUGCGCGAGAUGCGGACAUGCAGUCGCUGGCUAACAUGGAUCCUGGCAAUGCGCUUGCCUACAAAUACCCCUCCAUGGUGGCUGCCCGCACCGUCGUCCGUGCCGAGAACCCUCCCCUUCACCACGCACCUUAUCACCCUUCAACCAAUCAUUACCUUUCUGUCCCUCCUCACAUUGAUCAAACUGACCCUCCCCCUGUGGAGCCAGGCCCUGUCCAGCACAGAGCCAAGCAGAGUGUUCCAGAAGUCCAGACUGGGGCUGCUGAAGAGCCUGAUGAGAAGAGUGUGGGCUUCAUAGUGGACCAAGUGAGUGACGCGCCCAGUGGAGACGGCAGCCUCAGACUCACUGGGUACAGCCAGCGAACAGGGAGGGUUAUCUUCACCAAGCACUCAAGCAUGGUAUGCAGCACCUCCACAGUGAAAUCCAGCAUCAAGCAGGGCUGCUUAAUAUUCGGAGAACAGGAGGUGAUAUUCCGUGGCAUCGAACCCCAGGCAGACAUGGUCCUGAUUGUGCGUUUCUAUCACUGGCCUGGUGGCAGCGAUGCCGCGGCACCGUGGCACGGGGACGGGACCCUGCAGGGCCUGAGCGACAGGGAGGAGUGCGCCGUCGCCUGGGGGACCCUCGCGCUCGCCAGACCAGCCGCCCCACAUCAGCGCUCCAGAGGCUGUGCGGAGGUGGUCUGGAACAGCGGCACACAUUCUGUCCCUCUGUAUCAUGUGCCAGCACCCCCAGCCAUCGGCCUCAAUGCACUGCCCGGUGAUCGGCUGGUCGAGGCCUUUGAGCCGUACGGGACCGCGUCAUUGCGUCUCCACAUAUACAGCGGAAGAAGACCGGAGUUCCCCUUCCCCCCAGAGUCUCCGAUCGACACGCGAGUCUACCAGGAGUGGCCCGAUACGUCGUUCGUUUACCGGCAGCGAAAGCGCGCUCCCUCCCAGCCCUUCGUCUCAGGGGACGGGAUUGACCUGUACAUUGACGGGGCUCGCUUCCUCCCGGACUCUGUGACGCUCAGCAGAGUCACCGGACGCAUCUUCAACAGGAACUAUAACCAAAUCGGUCCCGACAUCUCCACUGGAAUCGACCUGAACAGCAACAUCUUCGAGCCAUUCUAUAACCACUAUGUAGAGGUCCGCAAUCCCACAAUGCCCCCGUCAGCCACUCUCUUGCUGAAGGUGUAUGCUGUGGACCGCUUCAGUUUGAAGCUGGUGCUGAUUGGCUGGGCUGCCCUCAGUCUCUUCGUGGAGUCAGGUAGUGAAAUCCAGCCUAGUGUGGACACGGCAGGAGUUCAGAUCUCUUUGAAUGAAGGGGCCCAUCAGCUCAGACUGUACCACCGUGGGCCGGACCCUGACAAGCCUUUAUCAGCCAGCUCUCUUGCAGCAGGGGGAGGGAGGCGUGUGCCCUGCGCCUCUCUGCUGGUGAGGCUGGUGAAAGCUCCGGUUGAUAAGAACCACCGAGCCCUGCUGAGGAGCGCAGUCCCCGAGACGGACUGGGAGAGACUGGGGCUGUUCCAGCCGAGACCUUGCUACUCCGAUGGGGUUUACUACUCCGACACAGCCAAGCCGAGCCAGGGGGAGGCCUGCCUCCACAGCGCCAUGACCAACAGGUCCGUGGUCCUGGUUCGAGAGAUCCUGGACCUGAUAGCAGGGAGACGAGCCCAGGAGCUGGGGUCGGAUCUGGAGAUCUCAGAGUGGAUCACAGACAAGCUGAACCGCAUGAUGGACAGCAAGCCCCAGCCCUUUGACCUGGACCACGUUUCGCGCUACCUUACCACCUACGGAGUGAAGGUGUCUGUGGACCGUGCCAAGAACCUGCCAUGGCCAGCCUUCACGCUGGCUCUCUGUUCCUUCAGUCCUCCCGCUGCAUUCUACCAGGGGGCAUCCCGGGUCAGAUACGACCGGCCAGCCUUUGUGGAUAAGCUCGAUUUCAACAGCAGCCAGAGCUCCCCCGUGUGGCUAGAUGGAUUUAAGUCUUUUCCAAAAAGGAUCCAUGGUAAGUUCCUGGCUGUGAUUGUGCAUCUCCAUGCGGUCUCGGUACACUCGGGCCAGGACACCCCCGGGAAAGAGAAGCGCGACAAGAAGGAGAAGCAGGAGGAGAGCGAGAGGGAGGUGUUGACCUACAGCUUGGGCGGCCAGGCCUGGACCGCCCUCCCAGUCUUCUCCAGAGGGUACUGCCACACUGGAGUCUACCAGCUUCCCCUGUACCAGGGAGCUCCCUCACAGGCUGCCCUAGCUGCCCUGUCGCAGGGGGAGUGCAGGAGUGUCCUCGGAGAUCUGGUGCAAAAGAACAAGGUCCAGCGUCUGAAUGGCGCGUCCGUGUUCGUACGGAUCGCAGACGGCAGGAGAGAUGAAGAGCUGGAAGGCCUCAGUGAGAAGGAGACUGACCAGUCCUACCUGCCCCCCGAUCAGAGAGACUCAUACAAUCUGGAGCCUGGCGGGGUGGGACUGUCCCAGCUCAUCCCAGCUGGGAAAUCACGGGACGAGUUCCCUGGACAGCUGGCAAACAGGUUCAGACAGCUGGUUUACCAGACCCUGAGGAACACAGCUGAGAGCAGCACAGGACCAGCCCUGAUGGAGCUGGGUAAGGAUGGGGUGGAAACAGCUGCCCUGGCCUCCCUGCCGGCUCCACACCCCAGGACAGCAGACCUCAAACCCAACCCCACAAACACAGCACAGCUGAGCAAUGCAGCCCCCCACAUUCUCCAAACACCAUCAUUGAGGAUCCCCAGAUCGGAAUCAGCUCAGCAACACCCCCCUAAACCCCCAUCGGCACCCCCUCCCCCAGAACUGCUCAGAGCCAGGGUCCCCAGCUCACUGUGACCCCAAACUUAUUCUGUUAUUUAUAAACUGUCGAUCUCAAUGAAUGCCUUGUGUGUUUAUAUUUUACUCAAAGUAAUGAGAAUUUUUUUUUUCUUAUAUUAAUCAAACCCAUGCAUGUUUGUUUUUGCUUCUCUGUAACGAGCAGUAGGGACUACAAGCUUACAGAGAUAUAUCAAAUAUAUAUUUUCUUUUCUGGACCGUU